AUGUGCUUCGAAAACCUCAACGACGAACAGGUCCACUCGCUCGUCAUGAUGAGGGAAAUCGCCCGCGGUGUUGUCGAGAAUCGAGCCGGGAAGGUCUCCGGUAGCGACGUCAAGAAGGCUCUCUCUUCCAGCAUUGACAAGAUGGUGGAGUCAUGUAGGCAUGUGGUGAGCAUAUUGGGGAGGGUUUCGUGUGAGGGAUUAGGUGAGGAGGAGUUUCAGAAGCUGAUGAGGAUGAAGGAAAUUGCAAUGGGGAUUGUUUUGAAACGGUCCACCACGGCCUUAACCGCCGGGGGUGAACAGGCUGAUGGAGGCGAUGAUGAUGGAAGCGAGAAGGAUAUGUAUAGCGGAGGAGUAGUAGUUGAGUCGAGGAGUGAAGAUGAUCAGAAUGAGCGGCAGGGCGUUGUAGAUGGGGAGAUACACAUGUGGAAUGGAUAUGUUCCGAUUAUUGAAGGGGCGGGAACAGAGAGUAAGAUGGUGGAGGAUUACUGUGAAGUGGUUUCAAGGGAUGAAGAUGCUUGGAACGUGGGGCGGGGAAGUGUAGUUGAGGGGACGAGGGAUGCUGGCCAUCAGGAGCAGGCUAGGCGGGUAGAAGGGUUGAUGUUUGAAGAUGACUGCCUUGUGGUGGUAUCGGAGUUUGAAACUCAAGAUGUGAAAAGUGAGGUGCAAAAAUCGUUAUCACCGUCUGCCUCUCAGAUCUCUAUCUUGUGGCCUUCAGAUGAUGUGAUAAACUUGGACUGGGUUCAGGUCAUGAUGUUUUCUAUUGCGCAGUCUUCGUGUGGUGAGUCAUCAUCGAGGUUUUGUGAUUUGAUUCCAGUUCCUUUGGUGGAUAAAUUAAUCGAUACAGCUUCAAGUAUCUUGUGCAAGGAGCCAAAUUGUGUGGAAGUUGAUUGCCAAGGAGAGGAUUCAAGAGUUGUUGUAGUAGGCGACAUUUAUGGACAGUUUCCUGAUUUACUACGUCUCUUUGAACAUGCUGGGCUGCCCUCUGACAACCAGUUGUAUGUUUUUAAUGGAAAUUAUGUUGACAGAGGAACACGGGGCUUGGAUGUGUUUCUCGUCUUGCUGGCUUGGAAGGUCCUGAUGCCCAGUAGAGUAUACCUACUCCGUGGAAACCAUGAAUCUAGAUAUUGCACAUUUCUGUAUGGUUUUGAGGAGGAGGUCAAGACUAAAUAUGGUUAUCAUGGGGAGUAUGUGUAUCGUAAAUGCCUCGACUGCUUUAAAGAGCUUCCUCUUGCUUCAGUCAUAGCCAAUUCUGUGUAUACCACACAUGGAGGUCUUUUCCGGAGUGGUACCUCUUUGAGAAAGUCUAAAAGAAGGAGGGAGGAAACCCUUGAACUGGGUUCUUUAGAAGAUUUAUCUAAGGUUGAAAGAUCUCUUAUUGAUGCGCCAGAUAUUGGUCCAAAUGUAUUACUCACUGACGUACUAUGGUCGGAUCCAUCAAAGGAAGAUGGUCUAGUUGAAAAGACAUUUCGAGAACGAGGUCUUUGGUGGGGUCCUGACUGCACUGAGUUGAUCAUACGAUCACAUGAAGGUCCAGAUGUAAGGGAAAAUCAAGAUGACUUUGGUGAUAUGCUGAAUGGUUACAGUGUGGAUCAUGUAGGAGAGUCAGGGAAGCUAUACACUUUGUUUAGUGCUCCAGAUUACCCACAGUGUGGUGAAAAGAGAUAUAAUAACAAAGGAGUUUAUGCUGUAUUGAAACCUCCUGAUUUUGAAAGUCCUUCAUUCCACUCAUUCAAGGAUGUAGAAAGGCUACAGACUGAUGCUGAUGGUGACAAAGAUCUGGUCAUUGUGGAUAAACCAGGCUCUGUAACAGUGUCUUCAGCUGGUGCCACUUCUCUGUCAUUAGCUUCUGUUGGUUCUGAGGUUGACUUCAAGGCAUUAGGCAUUUCUAACCCUCCUUCUUCAAGUGUUAUGAUGGGCGAUGGUGUGGGGGGCACCCAACUGGUUGAAGUUCCGAAGGCUCCUGUGGUAGAAGGAUUGCCUCUGCCUUCGGAGUUACAGGAGCCUCACAGGGCUGCUUACAAGUACUUCUUGGAGCUUAUUGCUGGCCUGAAGCAUAUGGUUUCAACUAGGGAGGUUGAGACCGGGCCUUUAAAUCAGCUUUGCAAAAGUGAGUUUGACAUCUAGAGGGGAUGCAUUGGGUUGAGGUCAACUUGAAGCCAGGGAAUAGACAUGACAUGGUACAAAUGAAGUGCACACAUAUUGGCUACCCACGCUUGGGAGUAUUUUGAUUUCCUAGCUACUAGUUACAGUUACUAAAAGUCCAAUAUAUCGAUGAGAGAUCAACCAAGCCUUGCUGGUUCUAGGUCUAUCAAAUUCUAGCGGGUGAAUCAAGAAGCUACUAGAGGUCGUGAGGCAGGUUUGGGGAUUGAACUUUGCCUUUACUGUGCGCACUCAUAUGGCAGUUGCACCGAGCAUUGCUCCUUGUGAAGAUCUCAUCAAACUGAAAAUCCGUCACACUG